AUGAGGGAAUCAAGGUCUGGCGUGACCCAACUGCUCGAAAAGAGUGCACUGGUAAGGCUUGCAUUUGAGGACCUGCCCGUUGGCGACUUCAUUUUGUCCGACGAUGUGUGUGUAGAGCGAAAACAGGCAACAGACUUCGUUAUUAGCAUCAUGGACAAGCGAUUGUUCGGUCAAGUGGCACAAAUGAAGGCCAAUUACAGCCGCCCGGUUGUCAUCCUUGAAGGGGAUGUCUUUGCUACCCGCUCUGCGAUCGCGCCAGAGGCGCUCAGGGGUGCUAUUUCCUGGCUUUCGGUGAUCGAGGGUGUUGGAACUGUCUACACCAGGUCAGCGGCUGAAACUGCCAGUUUUCUGGAAGUGAUGUGCCGGCACGCUCAACAGGGCCUUGGGUAUGAAAUCGCUCUGCGUGGCGCUAGGCCGAAGGACUUCAAGGUUCUGUCCCAGUAUGCAGUAGAAGGCCUCCCCGCUUGCGGUCCCAAUACGGCCAAGAAGCUUCUGGAACAUUUUGGUACCGCGAGGUCCGUCUUCAUGGCCUCUGUUGAGGAAUUGAAGGCUGUGAAGGGUGUCGGCACAAAGAUGGCCGAAGGCAUAAAGCAGAUCCUCGACUUUCCCUACCGAUAG